UUUGCACAGCCAUCGUGUGUCACCGGCUAUGUUGCCAUAGCAAUUGUCUGCACUCAGAAGCCACCGCACUUCAGCUACACUCAGCCCCUAACUUGUCAAGUAAGUAACUAGCUUGUCGUCAAGUACUCAACUUUGUGACAAGAAAAGCUCCAGCCUUCCACCCUCCUGAUGAGAGAUCUGUCCAGAAUCCCACUGACUCAGCAGUGACUCAGCAAGAGGACGAGAAAGGUCAGGAAGACAUGUCGCCCGCUUUGGAUGUUUUGGGGUUCCUGUUGAUUCUAACUGGAGCUCAGGGAUUUGGAAUUCUGCCAGGAGACUCACAGAAUCACCUGGAUAUCACAGAGACGGCCAUUUUAAAUGCCACCGUGCAGGUGUGCCGCGCUCUGGCCGAGAACGAGGGCAACGACUUCGCAUUCCCCAACCAGCCAUUCACAGUCACGGGUGUGGCCACGGCCUGCAGGGCUCAAAACUCCAUCAGGACCUUCCAGCUGUCUAUCACGUCCAUCAUAUUCCGCAACGUGCGUGUGGACAUCCGCCAAGCGUUCAAUGCCAGCUUCCACUUUGAUGACGAGUCGUUCAUCGGAGGUCGGAACAUCAUCCUGGCGGGCAUAACCACAGUGAAGGCCAACAUCCAGCAGGAGGACUUUGAGGCGGCCAGGGAGAACUUGGGCACGAUUCUUCAUCCUUUACAGGACUUCUACAGCCACAGCAACUGGGCUGAGAACGGUCAUGAAUUUCCAAAUUCCAACCUGAUCAGAUCUGACACCAGCAUCGGCAACAUAGCUGGUCAAAGCCAGGCCACCUGUCGCAGUUGUGAUGGAGAUGACUGCAGAAACAACAUCCUUGACGACAUCACGCAGGGCGAUAUACUGACUUCGGGAUACUUCGCAGUCAUUCCAGGGUUAACCAAGCCCAGUGGAAAGUGCAGCCAUGGCGGAGUUUUGGACGUGACCAGCAGGAUUGAGCCCACCGGUGGGAUCAACAAAGACACGCUUGACUCGGAACACGGGUUUCUCCACCUGAACGCUGCAAAUCUGGCAGCGAAGGCGACCAGCGAGAUCCUGGAGAACAUUCGUCAGGCGGUGGGAGACACACCAUUCCUCCAAACGUUGGGAAUCUCCCGGGGAUCCGGGAAAGCUCUGGGCUUGGUGAUCGACACCACGCAGAGUAUGAGUGACGACAUUGCAGCCGUGCAGAAUGCCACUUCUUCUCUCAUCAACUCUGUGGCGGGAACUGACGAUCAACCUCUGUCCUUCAUUCUAGUCCCCUUCAACGAUCCCGAGUUUGGGCCGCUGAUGAAGACAGCUGACCCACAAGUCUUUGAGGGCUACAUUGAUGAUCUGUCAGCCAGCGGUGGAGGAGAUGAACCAGAGAUGAGUCUCUCUGGCCUUCGGCUGGCAUUGAUGGGUGCUCCUCAGAGCUCGGACAUCUUCCUCUUCACGGAUGCACCGGCCAAAGACGUGGAGCUGAAGAACACAGUCAUCGCUCUCAUCGAGCGCACUCAAAGUGUGGUCAACUUCCUGAUCACAGGAACCACAACGGUGAACAGGCAGGGCAGGAUCAACCGACAGCUGCACAACAGGAUCGCUGCGUCGGACGCUCAGGUGUACCGAGACCUGGCCCAGGCCGCGGGGGGUGUGGCUGUGGAAGUGGAGAGGGACGAGCUCUUAGCCGCCACCGACAUCAUCAGGCAGAUUGCCAACUCCUCUGUGGUGACGCUCCUGCAGGCUUCCAGGAGCGCAGGACAGCCGCGCAGUUUCACGUUUGUGGCUGACGAAACCACAACGAACAUCAGACUUUACAUCACAGGAGAUCGUGUUAGCACCACGAUCAGAAGCCCUGAAGGCAUGUUACACAACGACAUGAACCAGAUUUUCACAUUCACAUCGGUGGGAAACUUGCAGAUUUUUCAGCUGGAGGAUCAAGUGGGAACAUGGACAGUGGAAGCAUCAGGAAAUCUGGAAUCGCUGAGGGUGACAGGUCAGAGUCCCAUUGACUUCCUGGUUGACUUUGUGGAGUUUUUGCCCCUAAUGAAUGCGUCUGAUGUUCUUGACACCCGUCCCACAAUCGGUACCAAUGGUAGCCUGCUGGUGACGCUAACAGGUAGCGAAACCGCCACCGUCACUAGGGUCACGCUUGUGGAGGCGGUGGGUACGGGAGAGGUUGAAGGCACUGUGGUGCCACAGGGGAGCGGCCAGUUCCUCGUUCAUGUCAACGAGUUUCCAUCCGUGCCAUUUGUUGUGCGUGUGGAUGGAAGCGAUGUCAACACUCUGCCAGAGAGACCAUUCGUUUUCCAAAGGCAGUCGCCAACCAACUUUCGAGCGUCCAAUGUGACCAUCAACGCCACGGUAGAGAGAAACCUGGUGCCGGGGACCGACCUCUCCGUGCCUUUUUUCGCCACCACCGAGGGAACCGGAGGUAAUUUCUCCAUCAGGCUCACCACCAACGACCAGCGCUUUACUGCCAGCGCUCCCAGCAGUAUACUGCUGCAACAAGGAGAAAUUACCAAUGGCACCGUCAUAGUCUCUGCCCCGCUCAACACGCCAUCGGGUACCACCAUCACCCUCACCAUUGAGCUAGAGGGUCCCGGAGGUCAGGACACCAACUACAUUGUCCUGCGGAUCACCGUCUUCAACACAGUGAUGGACUUUAGGCCUCCCGUGUGUCAAGUCCUCUCCAUCGUCAAUUGCAUUCACAACUGCAGCAAAAUCACAUGGGAGGUGUCGCUGCGGGUGAGCGACGGCGCGGACGGGACGGGGGUGGAUCGGGUCACGCUCACACAAGGCAACGGAACACUGGAAGUAGGCCCGUCGGACAGCAAUGAGAACAUCAUGCUGGUGACCUACAACGCAACCUGCAAUGCGCCCGACUUGGCGCUGCUGGUGGUGGACCGCGUGGGCAACACGGACACGUGCACCGUCAAUGCCUUCCAGACCACGGCGGGUGUGGCCUCUUUGUUCAAUAAGGUGCACCUCAUGUGUUUGCUCAACCUGGCGCUCGGCCUCCUACAGAGCCUAUAGUGAGCUCAAGGAACCGUCGCUAUGGCAACGCAUCUCUGGGGUUCAUGUGCCCCUAGAGACCAACAACGGUGCCCCUAGAGGCCAACAACGGUGCUGCAGCUUGAAAUCAUCUUGAAAAUUCCAUGACAAAACUGCCCCAUCAUUUGCAGCGUGUUUAAGUACAGUGGACCUCUGUUAGUGUACGCCCUGGUUAGCAUAUUUUUCUGUACAUGUAAAGAAUUUCUGCAUGCGUUUUCUUGUGAUAUUAACACACUGCCAGAGCCCGACUGUUCUCGUCACGUAUUUUUAUGUUAGCAGCCUGUUAGCAUGGAAACUGAACUGAAAGUCAUAUUGUCCACCGUGUCUGUCGCCCGUCUCUGAUGUCAUCAGCAGCUGACUGUAGCUUUCUGCUAACUAUCACAGGUACACCACCAAGUCUCUGCUUUACUUAUUAAUCACGGCUGCAAAAUAACCCAAAAUGGAGCCAAAGAAAGUUGUAAGUGCCAGCAACGUGAGAAACACGUUCAACAAGUCAAAUCAUAGCAAAACGCAAAGGUGGUCGCUCGCUGCUCGUCAUGGCUGUCUUCAGUCAAGGUAGAAGUGAUGUUAAAUGUUCAUUUAUCCCUUUCAUUCCUCAUUUAUAUGCAUUUUGUAUUGUUUUCUACAUGUAAAACCAUCAUUGUAAAACUACAAAAGCCUUUUGUGUUCACAUUUUUGGGUGCAAAUUGGAUUUACAUCAAUUUUUUAAUGUGAAAAAUGGAUUUUUCUAGAGUAUGUUAGACCUUCUGGAAUGAUUAAUGACGCUAACAGACCUUCCACAGUGUUUGAUUUAGAUUUUUCUUUUAAUCGCAGCUGCUGAUCGCUGAAACCAAACUCUCUAAAGAACACGCUGACAGAAAUGUUCUCCAUGAAUGAAAGAUUUAAUAAAAAAAACACUUUUAUUUUA